AUGGUGGGAUACAAUUCAGAAGACUAUGAUAUUGACAAUAAAUCAGAUUUGUUGACCAUAAGAUUUGCAGACAAAAUAACAAAAGGGAAUUAUACUCUGAUAAUUAUGUAUUCAGGUUUAAUAAGUAGAAAUUUGUCCGAAGCGUUUAUUUAUAUUCCAUAUCAAGAUGAAUUCGGUGAACAACAAUGGUUGCUGUCGACUAAAAUUUCAAAUGCCCGAGAUGCAAGUAAAAUUUUUCCAUGGUGGUUUGAUGACGGCUCGACAAAAACAACUUUUGAAUUAUCCCUCAGACACAAUCUAGAUCAAAGAGCACUUUCUAAUACACGAGAUCGAUUCAUAUUUCUGGCUCCAACUGAUUAUAAUUAUAAAUGGACAAUUUUUGAAAAAACACCAUUACUAUUUCCUCAUCAAUUGGCUUUUGUUAUCGGUAAUUUUGAGUGCUCAACACAUUACGAUAAAGCCUACCGCGUAUGGACGUUAACAGAUGCCGAUAAUAAUUACGAUAAUUUAUCUAUUAUUGGAGACAUCUGGAAACCGAAAACUAAAUUGCAUCAACAAAUAGCGUUUUCUAUUUGCAUGCAGUGGUAUCCUUUCUACAAUUUUCAGUCUAAUAAUGAUAAUGACGUUCUUCUCAAUUAUGGAGUUAUCACUUAUUUAGUAGCAGCUACAACUGAUCAGUUUUUUGAAUCCCCAUAUGCAGUAGAAAAAAUUGUUCAUCAGGUUUCUGAUUCCCGCGACUUUGACCUCAAGAUUAUAAAAAUAUUACAUAUUAUUGGUGAAGUAAAAUUGCGUAAUUUAUUGCACAGUUUAGCCGUGCAAAGUCACUUAGGAGUACUGGAAACAAAUUAUCUUCUCAAUAAAUAUUCUGAGAUAUUAGGCGUUAAUGUUUUGAGAAUGAUGGAAAUUUUGGGUAACUUGUUACUUACGGAAGGAUACCCUGUCGUUAACGUAACCAGAAAUUACUCAAGACGUUCUGUUACUGUCACACAAAGACGUUUUUCAAAAAAUCCCUCAGAAAAUUUGAAUGAAAAAUACUGGAUUCCAGUGACUUGCGCAACUGAAAAUAAUCCAAAUUUCGAUGACACGGCGGUCACUUGGUGUAUUAGUUACAAUUGUCUCGAUUUUAUUGCUAGAGUUUGUGUUAUAGGUAAUUAUCGUGUUAAUUAUGAUGAGAAGAAUUGGAAACUGAUAAUCGAUUAUCUCAAAACAUCAAAAUAUGUAAAAAUUCAUCCAGUAAAUCGUGCACAGAUUAUUGACGAUGUUUUGACAUUGACGGAAUUUGGACAUCUCAAUUCAAAUUUAGUUUUUGAAUUAGAUGAAUAUCUUAAACAAGAAACAGAUUCUAUUCCGAUGACUAGAUUCUGGAAUUAUUUUUUUUAUGUUUAUGAUAACUUUUUUUAUCGAAAGCAUGACUAUUAUAGUAAUUUCCUGGAUCAUUUCUUAUUAAAGCGGAAUAAAAAUCUACAAAUUUUUUUCUGUAAUGUAAUGCGUGUUGCUGAUCAGAACACAUGGGAUAAAUUAUACAAAUUGUAUAGUCAUCACAAAAGAAUCGGAAUUUAUCAGGCACUUGGAUGUUCAUCAAACAAAAAUAUUUUAAAUAAUUUCAUGUCAAUGGUUCUCAACAGUAACUCCGUAAAAUCGAAUUUCGUUCUCAAAUUGAUGUUUGAAAUUAUCGCAAAAAAAAGUAUUAUAGGCGUCGAUUCUAUUCUAGAUUUUUUAAUAGUCCGCCAACAAAAAGCAAAACUUAAAACUGAGACGGAUAUCGAAUUUAUCAUAAUCGGUACAAUUAUAGCAAAAAAUUUCAUCAAAAGUGAUUCUCAACUCAAAAAGUUAAAAAAUGUAUUGGAAAAUGGUAGACCUUACUUUGGAAAACAACGCAUGGAAAAUUAUUACAGGAUCGCCGAAUCCAAUGUUCACUCCUCAAUCUAAUUCCAACGAAAAUUACUUGCUUUUUUUUUUAUAAAUCAAAUUACUCAGCAAUAUCACUGUCAUUUGGCAAUAAAUAAAUAAAAAUAAAAAAAAAUAAACUCUCAUAAUUUUUGAUUAUUUUUAAUAAAUGCCCAGUAGUAAUGCAAAUUUCGAGAUUCACCGAGUGCACAGAGAAUAAAAUAAAUAUUAAAUAAAAUAAUUCAAGGAAACUGAGUGAUACCGGACGUCGAAUAAGAGCGCCAGGAUAUAACUGUAACUUGGCCAAAAUGCAAUACCCAUGACUGCCACUAACCCUAGUACUAGUACUAUAGUAAUACUAUUUCUCUACAACAACUAUUAUACGACUAGAAUUCCUAUACGGUAUCGAAUCGUAGGGAGAAAGAUAUAUAUUCAAGUUCCCGAGUAACAUCAGAUUUGCAUACAAGAGUACUUUGAACAUACUCAGAUAUUUCUCCGUGACAAUGUCGUAGACUUUAAAUUCACGUUAAGGAAUUACUUCAGCGGCAAUUUACUCAU